GCGAUAUCGGAGACAUGGGCGCCAUGGGGCUCCCUGGUUACCCGGGACCCAAAGGAGGGCGUGGCGGAGUAGGUGAUAGGGGCAUCAGGGGUCUAGAUGGCUUCAACGGGCUCCAGGGCGUCAAAGGUGAUAGGGGCAUCAGGGGUCUAGAUGGCUUCAACGGGCUCCAGGGCGUCAAAGGCGUUUCUGGUGAGGAUGGGCUCAUUGGACGAAGUGGGCUCCCCGGACAGGCUGGUGAGAGAGGCGAUUCUGGAGAAAAAGGCCCUGUAGGCAAGGAACGCCCCUCUAUUGGAUACUUUUUCACAAACCAGUCAGUAAAUGACCCGAUCUGUCCGAACAACACCUCCAAAAUGUGGUCUGGCUACUCACUGCUGUACAUCAUGGGCAAUGAACGAGCUCAUGGUCAAGAUCUGGGCAGCCCCGGCAGUUGCCUGCAAAGGUUCAGCGCCAUGCCGUACAUGCACUGCAACCUGAACAACGUCUGUCAGUUCGCGUCCCGCAACGAUUACAGCUACUGGCUGAGCACGGAGCAGCCAAUGCCCGCCUCGAUGAAGCCGAUUGAGGGGGAGAGCAUCCGAUACUACAUCAGUCGGUGCUCCGUCUGCGAGUCCAGCACCCAGGUCAUUGCCAUGCACAGCCAGAACACCGAUAUUCCCGACUGCCCGGAGGGCUGGGACGGCCUGUGGACGGGCUACAGCUUCUUCAUGAACACCGACGCCGGCGCCGAGGGCAGCGGUCAGCCGCUCUCCUCGCCCGGCUCCUGUCUGGAGCAGUUCCGCGCCAACCCCUUCAUCGAGUGUCAGGGUCACGGCCGCUGCAACUACUACACGACGGCGUACAGCUUCUGGCUGGCCUCGGUCGACCACGCCGACCAGUUCAAGGUGCCCGAUCCGGUGGUGCUCAAGUCGGAGAACCUCAUGAAGCUCAUCUCCCGCUGUCAGGUGUGCAUCAGACGGAAG